UUGCUUCUCUCCCAGAAUGGGGCUCGUUAGAUCUUCUUCCACCAUGUCUUUGCUGCUGUUGACCUAAUUGCCCAAUUGAUUGCAAAUUGCAGCCCUUCUUCGCGUUCCAGCUACACGAAUGGGGUAAGGAUCAUGGUGAAUCGUGCAGAUUUGGCAUGAGCAUUGAGAUUACCAGUGAAGAGAGAGAAGGCUGGUGCUGUGCCGGAAUGGGUCUCAAUUACGUUUACUAAGGAAUAUGGAUCUUGAUUUUGAAUGGGGUAAGGAUCCGAGUUUCCCGCCUUGCUCCCUCUCCCAUUUUCCCUUCCCUCAAAUUUCUCGUUUUCCAAUCAACAAUCAUACACCAGCGAAUUAGGGUUUAUCAGUCGCAUAAUCCCCGAACGGCCAACAGAAACAUCAAAGCGGCCUAAUCUUUGUUUCCCGCUCCACUGCGCAGGAUGGCUACUGGAAUUGAAGAUUUAUCUCAAGUUGAUCUGUCUACAGAGGAGAAGGACAAGCUUGUGGCAGAAGUAAUCCGUUAUGUUCUUUUUAAGACCCACCAGAAUUCGGGUUGUCCGAUUAAAAGAGAGGAGCUUACUCAGAUUGUUACUAAAAACUACCAUCAACGGAGUCUUCCUGCUCUUGUGAUAAAUGAGGCCAUAAAGAAACUCUCCAGCAUCUUUGGCUAUGAAAUGAGGGAGCUUCAAAGGUCCCGCCCUUCCAAUGCGGCUCAGGGUCGCUCUUCCCAACAAAGUAAUGCUGAUGCAAAAUCCUAUGUUAUCAUAAGUCAACUCCCCGCUGAAAUAUACGGGAAAUACGUUGAGGAUGUAAAUACAGCUCAUCUGACUGGAUUUGCUUUUGUCGUAAUUAGUAUUGUGCACCUUGCUGGUGGCAAAAUCCCGGAAGAAACUCUUUGGCGUCAUCUGCAUAGGAUGGGAUUGCAUGAAACUGAUGAAAGUCAUCCAGUUCUAGGAAACAUCAAGCAGGCAUUGGAAACCCUGGUGCUGCAAAGAUAUUUACAGAAAGGCAAACUUAGUGGCCCUGAAGGCAAUACUUCUGGUUAUGAGCUAGCCGAGAGAGCUCUAGAUGGGCCGGUUAGUGAGAGAAUUAAAGAUUACGUAUCGAAGAUUGUCAAGAAAGAUGUUGCUGCUGUGGAUAUCGAUUAGUGUUCAAAUGUUCAAUGGUGAACCAACCAAAUGGCGGUGAGAUUUGACAGUUUGUUAACCAAUCCUAGUUGCUCAAAGAAAGUUGCAUGAUGAUUCAAAUGUUCAAUGCACAACAGGAUUUUGAGAUUUUCUGUAUUGGCUAAGGGAAAAAAGGGCCAGGACUGGUGAGCAGUAUGUAAGCAAGGGAGUGGUGCUGUAUGUGGUAUAUUAUGCUGGAAGCAGAUUGUGUAAGGCAAUAAUAGACAUUGCCAACAUCAGAUCAUGUAAUCAUUUUUGCAAGACAGCUAGCUACCCGUAGUAGAUUGUGGUGUGUAUCAAUUGACUGGGUUGGUGGCUGUAUUUGGACCUUUUGAUCAGUGUAGUGUAACUAUUAACAUCAAGAUAAUGUGAUUUUGAGUUUUCAUGAACGAGUGUGCCCUGAGUUGCAGAGAGGGAGAGAGAACCUUA